CUUAGUUUGGCUCUAGCCGAACUGAUUACCAAGGAAGGUAAGAAAAGGUCGUCAUAACAAACCAUGCGAUUAGCAAGUGCGACUCACUGAACAUGUAAUAGUAGAAUGCUAAUGGCACCCAUUUACCAUCGAGAACUUUCUUAGUUAUACAGAUGAAACAUUAAGCACCAUGACAGAAGUAGAAGGCAAAGUACACUCGAACAAAGAACCAGAUACAGACUCUGUUGAUCAAGAACUAGAUUGGUUAAUUGAGAAAGAAGAGCAGGAAAAUCAUAUCUCAACAGAGGCCCCCAGUCCUGAAAAUGAAAAGGAUAAUUUAAACACAGAUCCUCAUAGCCACAAACAAGAGAGUGAUGAUGAAGACUACAGGCCCACAGAUGACCAGAGGGCAGCCAUGGCACAACUGGAACAGAUGAGACAGGAUUUAGAGGAUGAUGAAGAUGACGGGCUGGGUGAUUUACCUGAUCCACCAGAAUAUAAUGUAACGGAACGCUUGAAACAAUUAAAUAAAGAACUAGCAGAUGAACCUUCCCCUGAGGAAUCAACAAGGCACCACAAAGUAGUAUUUAAAGAUGACCCAGUGGAAUUUGUUGCCCCACCACCAGAUGACUAUAAUUCUGAUGAUGAAGGAGAGGAUAGUAAAGAUUAUGGUGCUAGUGGUGAUUCAGAAACAGAUGAUCUUGGAGUAGAAAAGCUUAGGAUUGGAGAUUCUAGUGACAAUGAUGAUAGCAGCAUGAAAGAUGGACGUGGUGAUGAGGUGGAUGGUCACUCAUCAAGUCUUGAUGGUGAAGAGAAUUCACAAGACAAUGGUGAAAGAAAAAACAAAGUGUUAAUUGAAAGAAAUGGAAAAUUUAUAAUGGUUGACGCAGAUGAUGUUGAAGCAAGUGAAUUGGAAGGAGAUUCAUAUGACGCACAUGAUGAUAGCAGUGAAAUAAAUCAAAGUGAACAAUCACAAGAAGAUGUCCAGCCAACCAGUUCUAGUAGUUCUGAGUCCAAUAACACAAGUGUUCAGCCAAAUCCACCUGAAAAUCCUAGACCAGCCACAGCCAGUGGAGUUGUCAGGCGGUCUGGCGUCAAACCUGCAACAACCUCUCCACGUGCCCAGUCAGCAGGAGCCUACAGCUCUUCACGCAGCAAUUUUCAUUACAAUUCUCCGUAUGGACUGUCUCCUGCACAGUGGGAGCUUAAAAGUCAAAGGGAAAAGGCAUUAGCUGAGAGACAGAAAAAGGAAAAGGAGCAGAAAGAUAAGGAGGAGGCUGAGAAGAAGAAAGAAAAUGAUGAAGCAUUUGAAGCUUGGCUUAGUAACAAGAAAAGAGAAGAAUCUGCUCGUAGGAAAUCCACACCAACCAAAAAGCAAUUAGAUGAGGAAGACAAAAAGAACAAAGAAGAGGUAUCCGCUGAUGCUAGGAUGAAAAAAGAAGCAGACGAAGCCUACACAGGGUGGUUGAAAAAGAAGAAAGAGGAAUUUAAAACUCAAAAGAGGCUUGAGACAAGAGAAGAGAAAGAGACACAAGAAGGCUACUAUUUGAGUCCAAGAGAGGAAUGUGACAAGGCAUUUAGAGCGUGGCUUAGAAAGAAGAAUGCUGAAGCAAGGAUGGUUAACCAAGCCUACAGGCAACGUACAAGAAUGCAUCAACUUCUGGCACGAAAGUCAAGAAAAUCUCAGCAGCUUGCUAAAGCUAUUAAUGCAGCCCAGGCAUAUAGAUAUGUUGACUACUAUGGAUACAGGUUUUAAGAUGGCCCUUGAAUAUAUAUAUGCUGUCAUCAACCAUUUUACAUACCAAAGCUGUACAUACCAUUAUUCAUCAGGGUCUGUUCACUUAGAGCGCAUUCUCAACAAAUUAAGCCAGGCUUUACAAAGCUGGUGACCUAAAAAUG